GGUUGCAGUUCGUGGGGUUGCGGUGGCACUAGCCGCUGCCACCUUUGCUGGAGCAGGCUCUCGCCCUCUCGCUGCGGCCUUCGUGACACCGGUAGCGCCGCCUUCAUCCUAUACGCCUGCAAGAAGCAUGUAUUUCGCUAGGAGUCGCGGAGCCGCUGCCAAGGCGACAACGGCAAGCAGGAGAGCGGUGUGGUGGCCGCAACAACAGCAACGGCGGCAGCCUCCUGCUGGCGGUUUAUCGCGCAUGAUGUCGGCUGCACCUCCCGGUGGUGGCGGGACAGCAGCUAACGUAAUGCUGGGCAGCAGCAGCAGCGGUCACCAGGAGGUUCCGACGGGCGUGGAUGUGGUCGUGGUCGGGGGCGGUCACGCCGGGUGCGAGGCGGCGUCGGCCUCGGCGCGGGCCGGCGCCAGGACGGUCCUGGUGACCCAGAAGAAGGAGACCAUCGGUGAACUGUCUUGCAACCCUUCUAUCGGGGGUAUCGGCAAGGGGCACAUCGUCCGGGAGGUCGACGCCCUGGACGGUGUUAUGGGGAGGGUCAUCGACCGCGCGGGAAUCCACUUCCGGAUGCUCAACAGACGGAAGGGGCCCGCCGUGCGGGGUCCGCGAGCGCAGGCGGAUCGCGAUCUAUACCGGACAGCCAUGCAGGUAUUGCCCGCCUAG